UAAUGGAUGAUUUUGAAUUUGAUAUUCUCAAAACCGAAGUAUAUGAGUUGGGUGAUUAAAACAAAGAAGUCUGAACCUUCCAACCAAUAUGCACUAUUAUAUUGUCUGCGUAUCAGUGUAGAAACAUCAAGGACUCCGUGGCCCAAUGGAUAAGGCGCUGGUCUACGAAACCAGAGAUUCUGGGUUCGAUCCCCAGCGGAGUCGUUUGAAUUUUCCUUUUUUCUCAAAAAAAAAUUUGUUUGCAUUUUAUUAUGUUUAUUAUGGAGUACGGAAACCCAAACUGCGAGACCGGGAGCAAUCUCGGUAAAGCAAAGCUUGAUUUCCUUGGUUUCCUCCUUUCAAACCCGCUGGAAGAUCCGUACUCCUCCGCAAUCAAACCUUUGUCUUCUCCUGCAGCAGCAAAGCCAAAAUUGCUUCUCUGCGAGGAUCAUCAAUUCGGUGUACGGAAGGCUGCAACAACGAUCAGAGCUAUAAAUGGGAAAGAGGUCUCUGCGCUACAAGGAAAGCAAACUGAGAGAAGAAAUGAAACAGAAAGGAAAGGUCCACAGAGAAAUACCCAAUGGUUGCCUUCUGGCCGCCUGCGCAUCUGCUUGCUUCCGCUCAACGCGACCUUGCAGCCAAUUAGGGGGUUUUGGUGCCAGGCGGCAUUUAUCAUCACUUUCGUCUCCCCUUCAUCUUAGCAGCACUAGAUGGUCUUCGAAUCCACCGCCAUAAGAGGGUGAACUUUGGACCUGAUUUCUUUCUUUCUGGUGUUGACAAAAUGGCUGAAGGAGCUCACAGACGAACGCCCAUGGCCAAAAAGCCACGAUUUUCCACUCUCAUCUUGCCUGGAAUGGUCCGGGACUGGCGGCUGGCGGUUCCCAAGUUGUUCGCGGAGGAGUAUGGCGAUCGACUAUCGAACAGGGCAGUUUUCAAGCUCCCGGAUGGUGCGGAAUGGCCCAUCCGGCUUUCUGGAAGCGGGGACAAGAUUUGGUUCAGCGAGGGAUGGCGACAAUUCGCUGACUUUUACUCUGUUAAGUCGAUGGGUUACUUCUUGGUUUUUGAAUAUAUUGGCAACAGCCGCUUCCUUGUGGCUGUAUUUCAUCCCAGUGCCUCGGAGAUUAGCUAUCCUCCGUCCCAUGUAGCUAAUAGUAAUAGAGCCGAUGAUGGUGGUGAACGUGGAGACGAAGAAGAUGGUGAAUCUGUUGAAAUCUCGUGUAGCUCCCCAUCUUCCCCGGAAACCAGGCAAGUGUCACCAGUGAACAACUGUUCCCGGCCUCCAAAGCUACAAAAGGGGCUUGCUCGUGGGAGCGGUUCCGAGACAACCCCUGAUGAUGAGCUUUCUAGUGACAGUAGCCAGGAAGUCGAAGGUUGCCCAGUUAAUAGGAUGUUUGGGAGGCCAGAACCAUUGUCAGCAGCCAAGAAAGCCAGUGCACUCACUAGAGCCAGAGCUGCUUCUGACAAGCCUUUCUUCAUGCUAGCAAUGCAGCCUUCAUCUGUUUAUGCUCCAAUGUGUUGCAACUUGCCUUUACCAGUGUAUUUUUCUGAGAGAUAUUUGAAUGAUAAUUUCCGAGAAACUGUUCUUCAACUGCCUGGUGGAAGAAGAGCUUGGAUUGUUGAGUCCUCUGUCACCUCAAAUGCUGGUAAGAAGAGAGUUUUCUUUCACCAUCAGUCUUGGCUUGCCUUUGCGAAGGACACCAAUCUGAAAGUUGGGGAUGUAUGUGCCUUCGAGCUUAUGGACGGUGGCGCCAAACCUACAUUUGAAGUCACCAUCUUCCGAGCUGCCCAAGGAAGUGGGUCGUCACCGGGUGGAAAUGGUGGGGUAUGUAGAAGAACCCUUUCCGCAGCACUUCCUGGAAGAGGAGUUUUAAAGAGAAACAUGCAGUCGUCUAAGGGAGAAGAGAACUGCUACAGGCAGUCCACCGUCUUUGGUAGUUCAUCAAAAAGCUGCAACUCCCUGUAAUUCAGUGAAUCCUUCCUUCGAAGUGAAUGUUGCACUUAGUCAUGUAGAUCGCAAUGAUCGCAAUCGACCAUGGAAAGUGGUAGGCUGGCUGUAAAAGCAUUGUUUGUUUUCCAGAAGUAUAUAUGGUGGCAAAAAUGCUAGCAUGGCCUCUGAAGUCUGAACCAUAUUCUUGUGCAGAGAAUACCAUAUAGAUUCGCAAGCAGUAUUGAGAAAGACGUCUGUGAAGCAGAGCUGUGGGUUGAAGGCAGUUACUGGCUGGUGAAGUUAGAUGGAGUAUUUCAGAAAGGAAAAGAGUACUUAGACCUCGCUGGCGGAUGGAGAAAAUUUGCUGAGGAGAAUUCUGUGCACAUCGGAGACAUGUGUCUUUUCGAGCUUGUUGGGACAAAAAAAGAUGGUAACAGAAAGAUGAAAUUCAAUGUCAACAUUUCCAGAGGAAAAUACAAAAUAGGAUAGUCUUUUAAGUGUAAUUCAUCUCUGCAACUUCGGUUCUUCCGGUUUCUUUCGUGUUCUGCAUUGUUGAACAUGUAUCGUUUCGAACAGAUAGAUUGUCGUUGAAAUGGAUUUGGGAUUAGCAAAUCUAGUACCUGAAACUCCUCUUUUGUC